GGUAGAAGGAGUAUGGGAAGUAGAAGGGUGAUAGAGAGGGGCUGGAGGUUGACGGGAAGGAAAAUCCUGGUCUUUUUGUUGGAAAUAUUUGGACCAGUUAUAUUGUCUGACUCUAGAUCUCAAAAUAUCUUUAAAUGCCCUGCCGUUAAGACUCUGCUCAGUAAAAUCUCAGAAUCUUCAGAUUUUAUAAUCUUCUAUCAAAGAGAUGUUGAUUUCUUAAAAAUUCUUGUAACAGAAAAUUGACAUCAAAAUGUAUAACUUCUUUCGUUAAAAUUUAAAACUCCAAUUUUGGGUCUGAAAUGAUCAGCCAGCUAAAAUUUUAUGAACGUUUUCUCAAGCUUUCAUAUACUAUAAAGAACCUUCUAAGUCUGCAUUUGGCUCAUUAUUCGGAGGAAUAUAGUAAGGAUUUUCUCGAAGUGUACUGGCUGUUCUCUUUCCUUCGUUUUGCAAAAUCUGAAACUCUUCACAUCCUAAAGAAGUGUGAGCUGUUACAAAUAUCCAUAUUUUAAAUCAGGAUUAUAAAAACGUGUCAAAAUUAGUAUAUUAUCUCUUGUCCUUGGUAUCUAAACUUCUUGACACUCACUUUUCAAGUGUACCUUCGAUAAAGAUACAUUUCCCGACUGAUCAGGCUUAUUCUUCUCUUAAAGAAGAACUCCAAAGCUCGCUUGAAAGAAAGUGAUACUCAAAAAUCUGUUACAAAGAGUA